AUGGGAUCGGCGACCUACGGGCCCUACGGGGCCGCUCCCCCGCCGCCAGCAGGCCCCUACGGGGCGGCGCCUGUCCCUGCCGGAUCGAUGCCCUACGGCCCCUACGGGGCGGCUCCUCCGUCGAUGGGCCACUACGGGGCGCCGCCUGCACCUGGUGCCGCAUAUAACGCGGCGUAUGGCGCCUCGCCCUACGCGGCCGCUGCGGCUGCACCUCCUGCCGCCGUCACAGCGGCGCCCUACGCGUCCUCAAACCCGCAACCCUAUGCGGCUGCACCUAGCGCCGCGAACGCCGGGUCGGACAGGGCCCCGCCACCGCCAUUGCCCUACGGCGGCUACUACCCUCCGGCCAUGGCUGCACCUGGUGGUGAUCAGGCCAUCCUUUCGGCGAUCCAGUCGGCACUCACCGAGGCGGUGUCCUCCUUGGUCCUCUUCACUGCCACGUCCCAGGAGGCGUGGUCUGCCCUUCACACCAGCUUCGCAUCUCAGCAGCAGGCCCGUGCUCACACUCUUCGUACGGAGCUGGGGGAGACCAAGCUUCUUGACCUCAGCAUUACCGACUACUUCGGCAAGAUGACGCGUCUCGCAGACACCUUGGCCUCCAUUGGUCAACCACUUCGCAAAGAGGAUUUCACCACCUUUGUCAUGAACGGCCUGGACGACGACUAUGAUAACCUUGCUGAGAACAUCAAUGGUCGUGAUACUCCACUUGAACCCCGUGAGCUCUACGCCCGCCUCCUUGCCACGGAACAGCGCGUCAAGUCCCGCCGUACCAACCCGAGUUUCAUUGCUGCCAACGCUGCCACACUCGUGGAAAAGGGAAGCCCUUCAAGUCAUCUGCAGCGGGCAAAUCAGUACCACUGA